AUGCUUUCACUAGGUUCAUUCCAGCCAACGAAUGAAAUGAUGCUCAAGUUCUAUAGCUUUUAUAAGCAAGCAACCCAAGGACCCUGUAACAUUCCACGACCUGGAUUUUGGGAUCCCAUUGGUAGAUAUAAAUGGGAUGCUUGGAGUGCCUUGGGAGACAUGUCCAAAGAAGAAGCCAUGAUAGCCUAUGUUGAAGAAAUGAAAAAGAUUCUUGAGAGUAUGCCAAUGACGGACAAAGUUGAAGAAUUACUACAAGUAAUAGGCCCAUUCUAUGAAAUAGUAGAAGAUAAAAAGAACAGAGGAUCUGACCUAACUUCAGACCUUAGUAAUGUCAUGAAUUCCACUCCAAAUAUAAAGGCUGUGAAUGGAAAAGCUGAAAGUAGCGAUAGCGGAGCAGAAUCAGAAGAAGAAGGGCUUCGUGAAGAGGAAGAAAAAGAACUGCAGCUAAAUGGAAAGGACUAUAAGAAUGUGAAAGCAGAAUCAGCAGCUGCUAAGGAUUUGGAAAGUAUUGUUGCUAAUGGCUGUUACAAGGACAGCUUUAUCCCAGAUAUGCAGAAUGGCAUCCAGACCAAAUCUUCCCUGAAUGGCUUGAACCGUGAGGAAGAAAUAAAGAAAACGGAGCCAAGCCUAGAAAUAGCUAAUAACAGUGCUCACCAAGGUGCAAAUGAAGAGAAUGCUGAAGAGGUCUCAGCAGCUCAGCACUUAACCAGUGAUUCAGACAGUGAGGUAUAUUGUGACUCUAUGGAGCAACUUGGACUAGAAGAGCCCUUGGAGAUCAUCACAUCAGCUAAAGGAUCUUUAAAGCAUUCAUCCCAUUUCUUGGAUGUAGAUCACAGUCUUCCAUUAGAAAAUACGGAUUUUCCAAGGCGUGCUUGCAUGACUUAUGGGAAUCUCCAACCUGGAAAUACUGUAGAGGGAGCAGCUCAAGAACAAGGUGAAGUCAAGUGUGGAGGAGAAGAUGGCAAAGCCAGUAAUGGGGGCCCUCACAAGGAGAAGAAAGGUGGAGAGAAAGCAGAUUUCUACAGUGUCAGAAGAGGGAGAGGGCAUCGACUUCAGCCUCUAGGAGAUGGUUCACAAGGUGGACAAAUGGGUAGUGGAGGGGAUGGAGAGCGCUGGGGAUCAGAUAGAGGACCCAGGGGUAGCCUCAAUGAGCAGAUUGCCAUAGUGCUGAUGCGGUUGCAAGAAGACAUGCAGAAUGUCCUUCAGAGGUUGCAUAUGCUGGAGGCAGUUACAGCAUCACAG